AUGCGUGAUCAGCAGAUGUGUGUGACAAAAUCACUUAAAGCGUAUAUCAAUGAUGCUGUGUCUGUAACACUUUCCCCAACGAUGCCACCAAAAUCGAGAAAAAAGAAAAAAUCUUCAACAGCUCCUAAGGAGGACGUUCAAGCUAUCAAUGUUGGUACAUCUUCGAAGGGUAUAGAAAAGCCCGAGGAAAUAGCAUCGCCUUUCCCAAGGGAACCGUCUACAGUUUCUAUGGAGGGUGUUGAGUCCACCGAAAUUGCCCCAUCUACGAAAGACAGAGAGGUAACUUCAACAACUCCAAGCGUUGAAGAAAUCAAAAGGUGGAGUCCUGAGCAGGUUAUUUCUUUCCUAAAGUCCAAGAAAAAUGAGUUAUAUCUCAGAGAAGAAGAUAUCAAAAUAAUUGAGGAUAAUUGGGUCGCCGGUCAAGCAUUCAUUCUUCUAACCGAAGAAAAGCUUAUGAGUAUUGGUUUAAAACUUGGACCAACAUCAUCAAUCGCUUAUUUGAUUGAAACUCUUAAAGGUGGAGAAGUGACGCUAAAGCGUAAAUAUGAAGAAUCAACAGAGAAUUUAACCGAGAUUGUAAAAAGUGCGGUGCGUGAAGAAUUCUCCCGGCAAAAGCCUGAUGUUAUCUCGGUAUCAAAGCUUUCCGAAACAAUGAUGAAAAAAAUUAUGGAUGAUAUUGGAAUAAAGACUGCAAAAUUAUCGGUGGAAGACUUUCUACCACUUGAACCCGUGUCAUGCGAACCAUUCAGAUGGGAUAUAGAGCAGGAGGAAGUUCAACAGAUGCAAGAUGUCGAGAAAUGGUUUAAGAAUGUAUUAAGUCUACCAAGGAAUUUCCACGUGAAAGAUGUCCACAAACAAGUAACCUAUCAACGACAUUUGCGAGGUGCGAACACUAUUAUAACAGGUGGUGCCGAUAUAUCUGUCGGACCAAGUGAGACAGCUUGCGUUUGGAUUGAAACUAAGAAAACAUUGGAGGAUUUUAAAGAGGGUCAAGCAAUGGGAGA